GAGUGGACGCGGCUCGGCUUAAAUCAUCUGACGUGUUUUGCGCAUUUCCUGAACUGGCGCUCGGGAGCAGGAGGGAGAGAGAGAGCGCGAACAGGGAGGAAGCCUGCAGGAAACCAGUGUACCGCAAACCACUACAUGAACGAGAGGCUUAAAGCUGUUGGAGUGUCUUUUACAAACUAACAAAGAAACGAAGCAGCGCAAUAUAUCAGCGAGUGGAUGGCAACAGUCUUCGUCGGCAGACUGAGAACGAGGAUUCCCAAACGCCUCUCCCACUCAGCGCCCGUUGGAAAACGAAGACAAGUACAAGACGAGCCCCUCUGAGGACCAUCACAUUUGGGAUAUUUUCCUCUGUGUUAUUGCUCAUAUUUUGCAUUUUGGACUCAAUCGCGCAUUGUUUCCUCUUCAACCGAGCGCUAUUCCAGACGUUGGGAGUCCGUUUGUUUACGUAUGGUUCCCAUCACAAGGAAAGACGGGUGGUAAACAAACAGGAUCAACCUCUGUUUUUGCAUAUCUCUAUUUUUGUAUGCUAUUUGAUCGUUUGCUCCAAUGAAAGAUUCGUUGGUUUCCCCCAUUGCAAGUCCAAAUUUCAUCUCGUCUAGUGGUCGGGGGAUUAAGUCAUCAGCAUCCGUCUAUACGUGCAUGUAUGCAUAUUGAUGGCGUGAUGAUAUCUACGGACGUAACGGCUCCCUGAAUUGAAAUCUGCAUUCAAACCCGUUUGAUCUCGCAAAUAUAAGUCAUUUGCAUUGCACUUGAGCGUCAUCAUGGUGGUUUUUAAUGGAGUAUUAAAGAUCAAGGUUUGUGAGGCUCUGGACCUGAAGCCCACCCCAUGGUCACUCCGGCACGCAGUCGGACCAAAGACCCAGACCUUCUUACUGGACACGUAUAUCGCCCUUAACGUGGACGAUUCCCGUGUUGGCCAAACAUCAACCAAGCAAAAGACUAAUAGCCCAGCGUGGAACGACGAGUUCGUAACUGAGGUUUACGACGGGAAGAAAAUUGAACUGUCGGUCUUUCAUGAUGCGCCAAUUGGCUACGAUGACUUUGUGGCCAACUGCAUAAUUCAGUUUGAAGACCUGCUGCAGAAUGGAAGUAGACACUUUGAAGAUUGGAUUGACCUGGAGCCAGAGGGCAAAGUUUACGUCAUCAUUGAUCUGUCAGGAUCCUCCAGUGAAGCUGCAUCAUCCAAUGAAAAUGAGGAGAGGGUGUUCCGUGAGCGGAUGCGGCCGCGAAAACGGCAGGGGGCGGUCCGGAGGCGUGUCCAUCAGGUUAACGGACACAAGUUCAUGGCCACUUACCUGCGACAGCCCACCUACUGCUCCCAUUGCAGAGAUUUUAUCUGGGGUGUGUUGGGAAAACAGGGUUACCAGUGUCAGGUUUGUACCUGUGUGGUCCAUAAAAGAUGCCACGAACUCAUCAUAACAAAAUGUGCUGGCUUGAAGAAACAGGAAGACACUCCGGAAGAGGUCGGCUCCCAGCGUUUCAGUGUAAACAUUCCACACAUGUUCAGCAUUCACAAUUACAAAGUCCCCACCUUCUGCGACCACUGCGGAUCUUUACUUUGGGGACUGAUGCGGCAGGGACUGCAAUGCAAAGCCUGUAAAAUGAAUGUCCAUCGGCGUUGUGAAAGUAAUGUAGCUCCUAGCUGUGGCGUUGAUGCCAGAAAAAUUGCCAAAGUGCUGUCUGAUCUCGGGGUGACGCCAGACAAGAUCUCCAGCAGUACCCAGCGCAGGAAAAAGUUGACACCAGGGCAGGACCCUCAACAACCCACAUCAGAAGCCCCAGCAUCGGAGGAAGCUGACCGCUGCAAAUCGGCUCCGAAUUCACCCUGUGAGCAGGAGCUCGCAGAACUGGAGAGCAUUCGUAAAGCCCUGUCAUUUGGCCAGGAGCACAAGUCUUCCUCCUCUUCCUCGUGCACCGGCGUUCAGAGCGCAGUGACCGAGGGCCAGGAGAAUGGAGACGUGAAGCCUGUCCAGACCAAGAGGAUGAGUUUGACAGACUUCAUCUUUAUCAAAGUGCUGGGGAAGGGCAGUUUCGGCAAGGUGAUGCUGGCCGAACUGAAGGGUACGGAUGAAGUCUAUGCUGUGAAGGUGCUGAAGAAAGAUGUCAUCCUGCAGGAUGAUGAUGUGGACUGCACUUUGACAGAGAAACGCAUUUUGGCCCUGGCUAGAAAGCAUCCCUAUCUUACUCAACUUUUCUGCUGCUUCCAGACAAAGGAUCGGUUGUUCUUUGUUAUGGAGUAUGUGAAUGGAGGAGACCUGAUGUUUCAGAUCCAGCGCUCGCGCAAGUUUGAUGAAGCUCGCUCUCGCUUUUACGCAGCCGAGGUGACAUCAGCACUUAUGUUCCUGCAUCAACACGGCGUCAUAUACAGAGACCUGAAACUGGAUAACAUUCUGUUAGAUGCUGAGGGACAUUGUAAACUCGCAGACUUCGGCAUGUGCAAGGAGGGCAUAUUGAACGGGCUCACAACCACCACCUUCUGUGGGACUCCUGACUACAUCGCCCCUGAGAUCCUGCAGGAGUUAGAGUACGGGCCGUCGGUGGAUUGGUGGGCUCUGGGUGUGCUCAUGUACGAGAUGAUGGCCGGUCAGCCCCCAUUUGAAGCAGACAAUGAAGAUGACCUGUUUGAAUCCAUCCUACACGAUGACGUGCUUUAUCCCGUGUGGCUCAGUAAAGAAGCAGUCAGCAUUCUGAAAGCCUUCAUGACAAAGAGCCCAAGUAAGCGUCUUGGCUGUGUGGUGUCCCAGGGGCUGGAGGAAGCCAUCAAAAUCCACCCCUUCUUCAGAGAGAUCGACUGGGUCCUGCUGGAGCAGAGGAAGAUCAAACCUCCGUUUAAACCUCGCAUUAAAACCAAGCGUGACGUAAAUAACUUUGACCAGGACUUCACUCGCGAGGAUCCCGUGCUCACGCCGGUGGACGACGCCAUCAUCAAACAAAUCAACCAGGAUGAAUUCAAGGGCUUCUCCUAUUUCGGAGAGGAGGCUUUGUCUUAAAUCCCAACUUGGCACCAUUCAGUUCAAUUCCAAAACGUCAAUCAUACCCACAGACACUCAGCAACCCACAUCGUCAUGCAAUACAUUAACACACUUACACAGAGAAGAAGGCCCAGAGUUCUGUUCACCUUUACUGCUGUUUUUGUCCUGUAUUUUUCUCUGUUACCCCAAAAUUUGUACUGCAUAAUCUCAUUACAGUGGAUCUCAUGCCAGGCCUCUACCGUAACAUAGUUGAGUGUUAUUGCAAACCAAUCAAAAAAGAAUGUUCUCCAGAACCCCAGAAGCAAGGGUCGGAACGCACUACCUUAAACCAAAUUGAUGAUGAAGAUGAUUGUACUACCGGUUGGAUACCAAUCGGCCGUCGUACUCCCUGAUGGAAAGGAAGUUUCAGAGGAUGUGCCCUUGGGGAAGAAUAUACACUGCAUAUGUGACAAAGAGACAUGUUGUGCUAUGCAGUCAAAUGCCUUUUUGUGUAUUCAGGUGACAUUUUGGGAGCAAUUUUAUAAAUCAUACAAAUAUGUUUGUAGUAUAUAAUGUAUAUGCAUAGAUAAAUAUUCCAUAACAGUGUUAUGAAGGUCCAUUAGGAAUGAUAACCUGCUGUAUAUGGGUUGUGUAAUGAGGUGUUCUGUCGGCCUGAGUAGGUGUGUGCAUGACAUGUAUGUGUACGUGUGCAUGUGUCUGCAUGAAUGAGAGUCGGAGGUCUUGCCCUCCCGAAGCUCUACAGUUCUUGUUGUUUUAAUGCUGUUUCGCAAUGGCUUUUCUUUUGGCGCUUGAUCGUGUUAAAAUUGCAGCGUGCGUAUGUGUGUGCGUGUGUCGUGCUCGCCGCUAUGCAGAAGAAGGUGUAGUUAUAGAGAUCAGACCAGCACCCUUGGCUCAUGAAUCUUUUUUGUACAGAACUUAUAGUAUUCGCUCCAAAGCCCGUGAAAGCUUUUUAGAGUAGGCAAUUGUUGCAUGGUUGCAAAUUGUGGUGUUAUUGAGUAGCAUCAGUCUUAUGUUUUUGACAUCUAUGUGCAAUACCCUAAACACAUUUUCCCCAUAAUUCUUUAUUUUCUUGAUGUUUUUGUUAACAGUUUCUCUCAUGUGGGCUGAUAUACCUGCUGGUCUUAAAGAGUGAAGAUAGGUUUAAGCUUCACCAAAGGCUCUCUCUCAUGCUGUCUCUGUUGCUGGUUACAUCUCUCUAUGCCACUCUCAUGUACAUAGUUUGCUGAAGUACAUAAGCUGUGGAAUGUUGUGGAACAAUGUGUGAGCUGUUAAUUUAUUCAAUAUACAUGUUGCUAUAUGCUUGUGUCAGUAGGUCAUUUCUCAGUGUCUCUCAGUGUAUUUCAGACCUCCAUAGUUCAUUUAAUAUUCAGAUUUGUUUAUCGAAUCAUGGUAUUUGUUCUUGUAAAUUCCCUGUCGUUGAACAAUUCAUGUGAAAAAUGUGAAAGAUUUUAAAGAAGAGGUAAACUAUGAGAAAAGGGUACAUUUCAGGCGUACUAAUUAAAAACCUUCUGGAAUGUGAUGACUUUUGUUUUAACAAUUGAGUGGAAAUUUGAAGAACUUGUGUUAGUUUGUUUUUUAAAAAAGGUGUUCUUUUAGAUUUUUUCCUUGACUGAUUUUUUUAUGUUUAUUGCUGUCUAAAAUUUCAUUUCGUUUUGUUCAACGUUGUACUGUUUUGUUGCUUUUUUAUCUGUGUCUGUGGGGUGAUCACGGUAGCUAGCAUGUUGCUAUGAAGCCUUUUCUCCCGCAGGCAUCUACCUGUAGCAGUCUCAGCACCACCCUUUUGUUUUCUUUUUAUUUGUAAAGGAAUGAACUUGAUAUAUAGAAAACAUCCAUGGUCUGUCUUUAAAGUCAAAGUAAAUAAACAAAACAAAGAAUUACCUCUUAAAUUAAGUGCAAAUUCUCUUGCUGAAUAUUGAAUAUUUGCGCAUACAGUAUUAAAGUACAUAAAUGUUUCAUAUGUAUGAUAGUGCUGUAUUAUAUACAUCUGGUAUUGGAUUUUUAGUUUCUGUAAAGUGAAGCUUUAUGUGCACAGAGGUAUUUUGUUCCUGAUACAUUAGCGUUAUCGCAUUGUAAGCAUUUUACUAUGUGCCAAAUGUACUGUCAUCUAAAGGAUGUGAAUGUUUUGUUUAACCUAUUAAACCCCAAGAUGUAUGAA